AUGUAUCCAACAACAAAGUAAUCUGUUUCAGCUACAACCAUGAAAGAUUUGCUUGUUUCAUCACAUCAAGAAAGUCUGGAAAUUGUGGAUGAGGCGUUGUUUCACUCCAAACAGAGACGGAGCUCGAGCAUGUUCAUGUUUCUGCGCCAAACUGAGCCGCAGACGCAGAAGGUGUCCCGUGCCGCCGAGGUUUUCCAGACGACGCUGCAAGUGCUCAAGAGCAGAGUGAGACGGAGAUACAGGAGGGACGUGGAAGUGGCAGAGCUGCUGCUGUGGGAGGAUGUAGCCCUGAUGUCAGAGCUGUCCCUGUGCCCCCCUGCACCUCCUCCCUCGGAGUGUCAGGACCCCCAGCACCUCAAGUACAGAAGCAUCAGCGGACUCUGCAACAACAGGCAAAACCCUCUCUGGGGAGCAGCCAACACCGCGCUGGUCAGAUGGCUUCCAGCAGAAUAUGAGGACGGGGAGAGAGAACCCAAGGGCUGGAACUCACAGCGCCUCCACAAUGGAUUUCAACUUCCCUCGGUGAGGGAGGUGAGUAAAACCAUCCUGAGGAGCACCAUUAAACCCAGAGAGGACGAAUAUGCUCAGCUUCUGGUGGAGUGGGGUCAGUACAUCGACCAUGACAUCAGCUUCACCCCCCAAAGCACCAGCCCCACCUGCCUCAGCACCUGCCAAAAUGCGCACCCCUGUUUUCCUAUAAAGACAGGUGAUGGCUGCAUGCCCUUCCAUCGCUCAUCCCCGGCCUGCUGCUCUGGUCCUGACCUCAGACACACUCUCCAGCGUCAGCAGAUGAACUCCAUCACCUCCUUCAUCGAUGCCUCUGUAGUGUACGGCCACAACGCGGAGCUGCAGGCCUCUCUGCGGGGACCCGAUGGAAAAGUGUCUGUCCACUGUGAGUUCAGUGACCCCAGAGGACGCCCCUACCUGCCCCCCGUGCCCUCCUUGCCGUCGGGCUGUCUGCAGAGUGACCAGCAGGGAGGGGGGUCCAGGGUGGAGUGCUUUAACGCAGGGGACAGUCGGGUGAAUGAAGCCCUGCCCCUCACCGUUCUGCACACUCUAUGGCUCAGAGAACACAACCGCGUCGCACAGGAGCUGAGGGCCCUUAACGCUCACUGGAGCUCAGAGACUGUGUACCAGGAGACGCGCAGGAUCAUCGGAGCAAUGCACCAGAUCAUAACCAUGAGGGACUACAUUCCUAAGAUUAUCGGUCCGGUGGCGUAUAAAUACCAUGUUGGACCAUACAAAGGAUAUGAUCCUUCAGUUAACCCUUCCGUCUCCAACGUAUUCGCCACAGCUGCGUUCCGCUUCGGCCACGCCACCAUCUCUCCGACUUUGCGCAGACUCAACCAGAGCUUCCAGGAACAUGAAAUCUUUCCCAAUCUGAGGCUGCACCAAGCUUUCUUCAGCCCCUGGAGGAUCGUAAAAGAGGGGGGGAUCGAGCCCGUCCUGAGAGGUCUAAUUGGGACAGCAGCAGCAUCUGUUCAUGCGGACAUGCUGCUGACAGAGGAGCUCACAGACAGACUGCUCGUCCUCAAUAUACCCCAACAAAUGGACCUGGCCGCUCUCAACCUGCAGAGAGGACGAGACCACGGCCUGCCAGGAUACAACAAGUGGCGAGCAUUCUGCAAGCUGAAACCAGUGAAAACAUUAAAGGACUUCUCAGAAAUUGUGGGAGAUGAAACCGUUGCCAAGAAGAUUCUGGAUGUGUACAAACAUCCUGACAACAUUGAUGUGUGGCUUGGAGGACUUGUUGAAAAGUUUGUGCCAGGUGCAAGAACUGGUCCUCUCUUUUCAUGUCUGAUAGCAAAGCAGAUGAGACUUCUUCGUGAUGGCGAUAGGUUCUGGUGGGAGGCUGGUGGUCAAUUUGUUCAGCAGCAGAAAACAGAGCUGCUUAAAACAUCGCUGUCUCGGCUGAUUUGCGACAACAGCGAUAUUACAGAAGUUUGUCCUGACUCCUUCACACUGUGCAAAUAUCCAUCUGAUUAUAUUCCUUGUGAUAAAACAGCAUCAAUAAAUCUGACAGUGUGGAGAGAGCAGAGCCUGAUAUGAUGUUGUCCUGUGGAAAUGUGUGCUGCUCUGUACUCUUGUUACCAUGGUUUCAAAUGGCCGGCUGCUGCAGUAGUUUGUGAAGGGAAUCAGUGA